CGUUCUUUAGUGUGGUGUGCUUUACACAGGGCGUGUGGGCGGAAUUGAACCUGUCCACAAUGCGACUCUAACAGGAAUUGUUUGGGUUUUUUUUUUUUUUUCCCCCCACUGUAGCUUGUCAGGGUGGGGAGGUGUGUAACGUCUUUCUCAUCUAGAAUCCAGAUCUGACACCGGCGGACACCAAACAAUCCAACAUUUCCAAAAAAAAAAAAAAAAGACUCGCUUGUAGGGCUGCUAGCUAACGCCUAACGCUAGCUAUGGAGGAGAGGAAGGAGGAGCGAGAAGCGGAGAUCCAGGAGCACGGCCCCGAACACUGGUUCUCCAAGUGGGAGCGGCAGUGCUUAGCAGAGGCCGAGCAGGGGGACCCAAACGAGGAGGAGACGGAACAAAGCCAACAGAAACUGUGGCACCUGUUUCAGAACUCGGCCACGGCGGUAGCGCAGCUGUACAAAGAUCGAGUAUGUCAGCAGCAAGGCCUCUCUCUCUGGGUGCCCUUCCAGAAUGCAGCCACAGCUGUCACUAACUUGUAUAAAGAGAGUAUCGAGGCCCGCCAACGGAGCUAUGACCUGGGCAUCCACUUAGGCUACCAGCGCAGGAAUAAGGAUGUGAUCGCAUGGGUUAAGAAACGCAGAAGAACCAUCAGACGCGAAGACCUUAUCAGCUUCCUGUGUGGCAAAGUCCCACCUCCACGGACAGCUCGUGCCCCGCCCAGAGUUGCCAUGGUGUCUGCAAGCCGGCCAUCACCCCCAGAGACGGGCAGCUCUGUGGAGACCGACCUGCAGCCUUUCAGAGAGGCCAUUGCACUGCAUGGCCUUAGUGGUGCCAUGGCAAGUAUUUCUGUGCGUUCUGGUCCUCCUGGUUCCCCAACUCACCCCGCUCAGUCCCUCAGUCGUCGUAGGAAUGGUCUCCAUGACGUGGACCUCAACACCUUCAUCGCUGAGGAGAUGGCGCUCCAUUUGGAUUCCACAGCCAAUCGUAAACGUGGCCCUGCCCCCUGUAGUGAUGUCAUCACAGACUCACCAACUCAUAAACGUAACAGGAUGCUCUGAACUUUUCCUACGCCACUAAUCCCUCUUCUGUCCUCUCCUUGGUGGCCGACUGGACAGCUGAUGAGGACUGAUGCCUUGGCCAACCAUUGAAAUCUUCCUUCUUUUCAUCUUAGUUGCAAUGCUAUAAAUAAAGGAACCCAGCUAUUACCAACCCCACAUAUUUCUCCCCUUUUAUUUUUCCUUCAUAACCCCCUUUAUUGUCUCACGCACCCUCUUUGUAGUAGUGUUCUGUUCUUUAGAAAAUGUUCUUUUCUGUUUGUUUGGUUGCCCUCUGUAGAUCUGAUACCUAAGCCAGCACAUGUCACAUUUGUCAUACACAAAUUCUUAAAUUGCAGAAUGUUGCGUUUUAGGCAUUUAUUUGGCUGUGCUUCACAUCUGAUAAUCAAAUGGAUCGGGCUCUUGCUUACUGUUUGCAGUUCUCCUCCCCUCAUUCUCACACAUACUUCCUCCUCCUCCUACUCUGUGGAGUGCUGGCCAAACCAGAAUGGACUGAAACCGGGGCUUCUCAGAGGCUGAUCCACCUCCCCCCUCCCCCGUGUGGCUCGCCGCAAGACGCUCGUCAGUGUGUGUAUCUCAUUCUGCUGCUCCUCUGUGUGUUUGCGUAUCUGACAGCAGAACUGCCACUUACUGUGUUGUACUUGUCUUUGCCUUUGAGAAAGCUGCUACAGUAUCUCUGGUUGUUGUGCAACUGUGUGUGUGUGUUUGUUUGUGUGUGAGAGAGAGAGAGUGUGUGAGAGCGAGUGUGUGUGGAUGUGGAUGUGGAUGCAGGGUUCUGGCAAAUCCAGCACCCACUUGAACGAAUUAUUUUCCGUUUUACUUAAAUUCAUCCUAUUUUUUUUUUUCAUUAGUUGCUCUUUGCAGCCCAUAGCAGGGUUUUAUCACAAAGCAGGUCAGUCAGUGUACGCAGAUAAUGGUGACUAUCAUUACUGUCUGAGUUAGCUGACUCUUUGAGUAGUGGGGGUGACAAGAGAUAGAAAAGCAAGAUAUGUUUUCAACAAAGAUUUCUUUGCUUAAGUACUCUUGUUUGGCGUCAUUUGCAAUUUUCUAAUCACACUAUUACCCAUAGGUAUUUUAGUGUUUACAAAUAAUCCAAAUAUACACCGUUUCCCUUUCAGCGGCGAAAUACAGUUGACUGAGUACUCGCAGUAACAGUGUUUCAAAGCUUGCGUUUUACCUACUUUAUGUUUACAUCAGGCCCAUUUAUAAGAACUUGAAGUGGUGCACUGUCAUCAUUUUAUCUCUUUAAGAGUUGCAACAUUCUCACACUUAAGAUUUCAGCUUUAACCCUCGAUAAUUACAUGGGGGCAUUGUCUGUGAACUAGUAGGGGGGCUGUGAUAUUUUACUUUGUUCAGCCACUUCACGGACUAUUGGGUGCGAUGGUUCAGCAAGGCUUGGGACACUUGUUUUGCUAAUUUUACACACUGCUUUGUGAUACAAUCUUGUGUAAUGUGUGUAAAUAACUUGUAGGUGCUGUUAUAUGUGGUACAUAUUGUAAAAAGAAGUGCAAAUCCAUCGGGAUGUCCAUGUACAAUUCUGACAUUAAAGAAAAUACAAGCGUU